AUGGCUUCUACAGAACCCGCACAGCUGCCUCCGGCUGCCGAACGUCAAUCCGAGUUCGAGCAAGCUGUCGCAUACGCCCUACACCUUUGGCCUGCCCUUACACUAUCUGUUCAGAACAACUGGGGCGGUCCCGACUCUGCCGACAAGCGCGAUUGGUUUGCCGGCGCCAUCGUUGAGCUUUUCCCUGAAUAUACCGACACACCUCCCAAAAAUGGCAAGGCUCCCGAGGAUCCUGAUCUGGAGGAGGUAGAGACUGUCUUGCUACAGGUCAUGGUUGACGAGUUCGAGGUCAACGUCGACGACGAUUCAGGCACAGAGGUGGCCUCCAACAUUCUCCGUGCUCGCGCAAGCUGCACACUGGGAACCUAUGAUGAGGUCAAGACUCUGCGCACCCGCUGGUUGAACCGCAAGGGUACAAAGGUUGAGGGCGUCUUCAAGAGAGUUGAGGACGACGAUCAGGACACAGACUGGAGUGAUGAAGAUGAUGAAGACGAUGAUGGUGGUGCUGAUGUUGAGAUGGACGACGCUCCUGCUCUGGUUGCAGCGCCUAAGGAGAAGCCGCAACCUCAGGUAGACGAGGACGGCUUCACCAUGGUCACCAAGAAGAAAUAA